UCAACACUACUAUAUAACAAAUAAUUUGAGUCAAGUCCUCGUUCUAUCAACACAAAAUGGAAGAAGUUGUCGGAUCCCAGCAAGUUUUGAUUUUUGGCAUCAUUUCCGCUUUUCUUGUAUCAGUUGUCGUGAGUUUUGUGUACUGGUUGAAGUCUCAGAAUGCUGGUGGCAGUGAAGAAAAGGAGUUCGAGGAGGAUAACAAACCGGAAUCUCAGAAAGUUGAAACAAAAUCAACCAAAAAAUCAGCACCAGCUAAAGCAGGACCUAAGAAAGGAGCGCGCCGAACAGCCCCCACCUCUCACCCCCUCUACAUCAACAUGUUACGAGGACACUCCGACACAAUACACGAUAUGGACCUGGACCAAAGUGGCAAGUUGCUGGCUACAGCUAGUGGAGAUGGAACUGUUAGAACCUGGUUUAUCAAGGACAUGGACAAGGGGAAGGAUAUCAAGUACACCCGGAUCCCGCUAGACAACAUCCCAACCUCCGUGUCCAUAUCACCGGACGGUAAAGCAGUUGCCGUGUUGUUGCCUAGCGACAACUCGGUAGCGAUAUACAGACUCGGCAAGAAGGCGGGAGAUGAAGCUACGUGUGUUCUUACUAUCAGAAAUAUUAAAGGGGAUUUGAAGGAUGUGGCCAUUUCACCAACAGGCCGAUUUAUAAUGGUUAGCACUAUUGCUACCACUGUUUACAUCUACACUCUAAAAGGGGAACUUCUCCACGUUUUGGACACGGCCCAAAUAAAUAACGGACAAGUCUCAAUAUCACCUUGUAACGAUAUGGUGGCAGCGUCCGGAUUCACGCCAGAGGUUCACUUGUGGGCCGUCCAGUUCGGGAAAUCAGCUACCAGCAACGUGUUUCAGCAGGUUCGUUCAGCUAUGGAUUUGUCGGGCCACAAGUCGGGAAUAUACUCCUUUAGCUUCAGCGGAGAUACAAGGAGGGCGGUGACCGUGUCUAAAGACGCGUGGCGUGUCUUCAAUAUUGACGUAAGCUGGCAAUUAAAGGAGGAUCCCAAAUUGAUUUGCUGUGGGACGGUCGCAGAAGAUGGACCAGCCCGUGUAGCCAUGGCUCAAGAUGGCAAAAUUGUUGCCAUAGCAACCGAUGUUAAUAUUAACGUGUAUAAUGCUGACACUGCGGAGCUCAUGGAUACCCUAGAGGCGGUGCAUUCAGAUGCGAUCAGGGCGAUCUCCUUCUCAGACACAGGCAAGUUCCUGUAUUCUAGUGGUAAUGACAAGAGUGUCCGAGUGUGGCUGAACCGUGCGGGAAUUGUACGUGAUGUGGAGUAUUGGACUGAGUCUCUCAAGGUUGCAACUAACUCUUCUCAUAAAGAGAGAUUGAAACAACAGAUAUCUGAUGCCAGGGCACAUCUAAAAGAGCUGAGCGAGAAGUAGAUGUAAAACUGUUUUCCUUGUUCUAAAUUCUCACCGUGACAAAGUUCGACUAGCUGCUUCUGUGUUUAUUUAUUUGAUAAACGGUGUAAUUUU